CUCCUCUUUCUCUCUACCCUCUCUCUCUCUCUCCUUCGUAGUGUUUUCCAGCCUCCCUCUGCUGCUUCUCUCGCCGCCAUUGAAGCUCCGUCAGCUCGGUGUUUGGGGAAAAAAAGAGAAGCGAGAGGCUGGAGGAAAUUACAAAAGGAUAACAAAAGAGAAAAAUAUGAUUUAAAGCGUCAGAAGCGGCCGGGACCAGGGGUUAGGGGGGGUUCUUCUUCUUCUUCCUCCUCCUCCGCGGUAUGUAUGGACCUUCAAGUGGCAACUGAGCGGCGCCCCCCCGGAGAAGAAGAAGUAAAUAUGUGGCGGGUGUAGUGAGCGAGAGGAGCCUGAGUCCCGGGGUCUCUGCGGUGCUGGUGGCGGCGGGCAGAGGGGGCGAGACAGGGGGGUGGAAGAGCACCGUUUUUCUUUUGGAAGUAAACACGGCGAGGCAAGCGAAGUGCUUGCUGUGUGAUCUCCUCGAGGGUGGAUCUGCCGAGCUGAGAGCCCCUCUGAACGGCAGGAAGUCCCCUCCAGCGGCGGUGCGACGAUGACCGAGCUGCUUCCCAAGUGGGCCUGUGAAUACUGCACUUACGAGAACUGGCAGUCAGCCAUCAAGUGCACCAUGUGCCGCGCUCAGAGGCCCAGCGGGGGUGCUAUCAUUACUGAGGAACCGUUCAAGAGCAGCCCAGCUCUGGAUGCUAGUCUGCACCAGUGGGACCCUGCAGGACUCAGCAACAGCCCACCCCAGGGGGGCUCCAGCUUACUAAUUUGUCCAGACUCGAGUGCUCGACCCCGUGUUCGCAUUGCUGAUGUACCUGAGACAAGUAGCAAGUGGUCAUGCCACAUUUGUACUUACCUGAACUGGCCUCGGGCCAUCCGUUGCACCCAGUGCCUCUGCCAGAGGCUUCACGCUCAACAACAACAACAUAGGCAACAUGCCAUACACCAAGGACAUCAUACCCAGCAGCCACGCAGCCCCACAGAGUCACCCCAGACCUCAGGCUCUGGAUUCCGUCCUGCUCCCUUGGCCACAACUACAGACCCCUGUGAGGAAUAUAAUGACCGUAACAGGCUUAACACUCACGUACAGCACUGGACCUGCACUGCCUGCAGUUGCGAGAACUCGGCCAAGGCACAAAAGUGUGUGAUGUGCAACCACCCCAGAGCUAAUAGUCUGCUAACGGAACCCAUCGAACUGGCAUCAAAGCUCGACAGCCAACAACCUCCCACAAAACUUAAUGAACAUGGCAGGGACAACAGGAGGGGUGUUGCUGGGCACAUGGUGGGGCAAGGAAUAGGCAGCGUGGUAGGUGGAGUGGGCGGUUGUAGCAGCAGCCAAAGAAGGUCUCCACCGACCUCGAAACGGGAGUCGGAGAUGAACAUGGACUUUCAGAGGAUUGAAUUGGAGUCAGGGGCAGGGAUCGGCAGACAAGAGGAGCUGGAGGUGGAUUUCAAAAAACUGAAGCAGAUAAAGAACAGGAUGAGAAGGACUGACUGGCUCUUCCUCAAUGCCUGUGUUGGUGUGGUUGAAGGGGACCUGGCGGCUGUGGAGGCCUACAAGUCAUCAGGAGGUGACAUUGCACGACAGCUGACAUCAGACGAGGUGCGCUUAUUAAAUCGGUCCUCGGCAUUUGAUGACGGCUUCACGCUGGUUCACCUGGCCAUCCGCUUCCAAAGGCAGGACAUGCUGGCUGUGCUACUCACGGAGGUGUCCCAGCAGGCAGCCAAGUGUAUUCCAGCCAUGGUGUGUCCGGAGCUAACAGAGCAGAUCCGUCGUGAGGUUGCUGCCUCUCUUCACCAGCGCAAGGGAGACUUUACCUGCUAUUUCCUCACGGACCUGGUGACCUUCACCCUGCCUGCAGACAUUGAAGACUUGCCACCAGCAGUUCAGGAAAAACUGUUUGAUGAGGUGCUGGACCGAGACGUACAAAAAGAACUUGAAGAGGAGUCUCCCAUCAUCAACUGGUCUCUGGAGCUCGGGACGAGGUUGGACAGUCGGCUCUAUGCCCUGUGGAACCGCACGGCCGGGGACUGUCUGCUCGACUCCGUGCUGCAGGCCACAUGGGGCAUCUACGACAAGGACUCGGUGCUUCGCAAGACCCUCCAUGACAGCCUGCACGACUGCUCCCACUGGUUUUACACCCGCUGGAAGGAGUGGGAGUCGUGGUAUUCUCAGAGCUUCGGUCUGCACUUCUCACUGCGGGAGGAACAGUGGCAGGAAGACUGGGCUUUCAUCCUCUCCUUGGCCAGUCAGCCAGGAUCCAGCUUGGAGCAGACCCACAUUUUUGUUCUUGCACACAUUCUUCGUAGGCCCAUUAUCGUCUACGGAGUGAAGUAUUACAAAAGUUUCCGUGGCGAGACGCUGGGGUAUACCCGUUUUCAAGGCGUGUACCUGCCUCUCCUGUGGGAGCAGAGCUUCUGCUGGAAGAGCCCCAUCGCUCUGGGCUACACUCGUGGCCACUUCUCGGCGCUGGUGGCCAUGGAGAACGACGGCUUUGACAAUCGCGGCGCGGGCGCCAACCUCAACACGGACGACGACGUGACCGUCACCUUCCUGCCGCUGGUCGACAGCGAGAGGAAGCUGCUUCACAUUCACUUCCUCUCGGCGCAGGAAAUGGGGAAUGAGGAGCAGCAGGAGAAGCUGCUGAGGGAGUGGCUGGACUGCUGCGUGACCGACGGCGGCGUCCUGGUGGCUCUUCAGAAGAGCUCGCGCCGCCGCAACCACCCGCUCGUCACCCAGAUGGUGGAGAAGUGGCUGGACGGCUACCGGCAGAUCCGGCCCUGCGUGUCUUUGUCCGACGGCGAAGAGGAGGAGGAGGACGAGGACGAGUGAUUAAGCUGAAGCAGGGGGAGCGGGGGGUGCAGGACUCAUCGCCCUCCUCUCUCUCUCUAGUUUUUUUUCUUUUCUGACACGGACAAACUGUGAAAGCCUUCAGGAGCGACCUCCACCUUUCACCGGAGACUCUGCUGCUCCGCUGGCACACACAGGCGUUCAGACACGGAGCGUUCAACUCAGACCAACUCCACCGCCAAGGAACACGCAGGUCGGGGGGGGAAAAAGGUUCACACAUGCAAAUUACCUUUUGAUUUGUUUUUGAGUUUCAAAGGAAAAAAGGAAAACUUUAUUCAUAGAUGUAAAUGCAUGUUGUUGUUUAAAAUAAAAAGAGUAUAAGGAAAUAUACCAGCAUUGAUUCAAAUCAAACACUUUAUAUCCGUUUAGUAUGGGCACUGACAAAAAGCACACUUCCAAAUUUAUUUUAUGAGGUUUUUAAUUUGUUUUCCGGUCGAGAAUGUGUCGACCGGUUUAGCGUUUUGUGCGUUUGUGUUUUUUUUCUUUCAGAACGGGCAGGGACGAAGCCAAUAUCAUGAUCCUUAGAGAAGCAGAGAUUGUGAAAUAAUAAAUGACUUUAAUCCUUAUCACUAAACACUGCACAUUUAUGAAAUCAGUUCUAUAUAAAUACAGUAUCAUUGCUUGAACUAAGGUCGUCGUAUGAAGCUCUUGAAAAGGGAGAUUUUAGUUUUUUCCCCCAUGACGAGUCAGAUCUCACUAAGGUUUAGCAAACAGAACAUUCAUGUUGGAUCUUUUGUUUACCGUUUUUCAGACUGACUGAACUGAGAAGUGUGUGUGUGUGUGUGAGAGCGCGAGAGAGAGUGAAUGUGUGUGGGGGUUUUUCUUCUCUGAACUUAUUCUACAUAUUUAUUGGUUGGAAACUUAUUUGAGCUUUUCUGUAUAUUUUUUUCUUUCCUUUGUGGUUUUCAUUAAUUAUAUUCUCUGAAUCUUGAUGAAGACAUGUUGCACACAAACACUGUUGCUGUGAGGAAAGAACCAACCGUGACCAUCAGUGGAACGUUUACUUCUGUUGUUGCGUGCGAUUUAGUACCUCAUUUGUUUUGCCUCAAAGCUGGUGCUCUUGUUUUUUUUUUGUUUCUUUUGGGGGGGGGGGGGGUUCAAACCCAGAGUCACACUUUGUGUCACUGCCAUCUCCCACUUCCUCUUUUGUCCGUCUUUUCCUUGUUAGCGUUUGUCGUCACCCUCACGGUACCCGUCAGUUCCCCUCCCUGUCUCACGCCUGCUCGUCGUCAUCACGUGAAAACAUCUUAACGUUUUUCAGCCGGGUUCUCGUGAGAUCCCAACGUACAAAACCAAAGCUGACAGAAGAAAAACCAACAAAACAAAACGAGUUUUCCUUCCUUUCUCUUUUUCUUUUGCUGUGAAUGUUUUGCAUUUGUUUGUUUCUUUCAUUGCACACUGUAACCUCUUCUGUGUUUCAUUCGACUCCUACACGUUUUGAGCAUCACCUGUAUGUUGCUUUAUAUUUAUGCAAUAGUUGCAGUUGUGACUAUGACGGUUUGUGGAUUUAGGCCUGACUUCACUAUACGGAGUGUAACGCAAGGAACAGGUAUAAUACGGAAAAAAAUAAAGGAAAACCUUUUUGAAUGUCCAAUUAAA